CACCCGCCACUCGGCUGGGCUUUUUUUUUUUUCUUAAAGGAGAAGCUGCAAUGUUUUUUUUUUUUGUAAACCUCCUCUGAACUUCAAACUCCGGACAGUGUGAAAAAGAAAGAAGAGGCUUUGGAAGGCAGCUUCAAGCUCUACGUCAAGGGCAACAGCGCGGAGGCGAGGCGAAGCACUUUCACUCCGAGGCGCGCGCACGCUCGAGAGAAACAUAACGAACUGUCCAAGCGGGCUCAGUCUCCCCCCACCCCCGUCGCGCGCGCCACGGCCAGGAUUUUCGACAGCGCGCGCGCCCCUCUUUCUCUCGUGCUCGCGCAUGAGGGGACUCGCCCGUUGAUUGGCCAAGUUCUUCGCAAAGCUCAGGCUCUGAUUGGUGGGCUGCGGCUAAGGGUGGGGUGUGUGUCUUACAUCUCCUCUCCCGGUUGGAGGGCCUCAAUUCGUGCCUGCUCCCUGAACCCGUUUUUCAUUGGAGGCGCGGGCUGAGCGCCGGUCGCCGUUGCUGGCAGGAGUCGCCCUCCGCCAACUGCUCUGAUGCCGGGGGCCUCCGAGCCGGCGGAGAGCCAAGACGGGGAGGCGCAAGAACAGCCGCCACCAACGGAAGAGAGGGAGGAAGAGAAGCAGGCCGCGCCUCCCACCGCCCACAGCCGCCGCCGACCCCCGCCCAGGGAGGAGUCCAGCGGCACCCGGGUGCUCCGAGGAGGCCGCGAGCGUGGACGGGCUGCCGCCGCCGCUGCUGCCGCCGCCGCCUCCCGCCGAAGGAAGGCCGAGUAUCCCCGCCGGCGUCGCCACGAGCCUGAGGGAACCCCGACCGGGACUGGAGCCCAACCGACGCCCAGCGACGCCCCAAGGAAAGGGACCCCGCGUGCCUCAUAUUCAGAUAAAGCUGCAAUCAAAGAUCCCAAAGAAGAGACAGAAGAGGAAGAAGUCUCCACUGUUAUUGCUACUGGAAUCCCAGUCAGCUCAGCUAGACCCAGUCGGGGCUGGCGUAGCAACAGGGCAGCUGCUGCUAUUAAUCAGUGUGAUGCAGAAAAUUCACGGAGUUCUAGAUCCAAGACUGGGUCACUACAGCUCAUCUGCAAAUCAGAACCAAAUGCAGAACAACUAGAAUUUGAAGUCACAGAAGAGCAUUCAUCUCCAACUGGAAUUAGUGAUGAAGAGGAAAUGCUCAUCAGUGAAGAAGAAGUUCCCUUCAAAGAUGAUCCCAGGGAUGAAACUUAUAAACCCCAUUUAGACAGGGAAAUUCCAAAGCAAAGGAAAAAAUCUGGGAAGGGAAAAGAAGAAAAAGAGAAACAGAAAGAGAUUAAAGUGGAGGUAGAAGUCAAAGAAGAAAGUGAAUUUCAGGAAGAUGAGGAUCCACCUAGGAAGAGAGGAAGGAGAAGAAAAGAUGACAAGAGCCCACGACUUCCAAAAAGGAGGAAGAAGCCUCCAAUACAAUAUGUACGCUGUGAGAUGGAAGGAUGUGGCACAGUUCUUGCACACCCUCGCUAUCUACAACAUCACAUCAAAUAUCAGCAUCUGUUGAAAAAGAAAUAUGUCUGUCCUCAUCCUUCAUGUGGGCGAUUGUUCCGGCUCCAGAAGCAGCUUUUGCGUCAUGCCAAACACCACACAGAUCAAAGGGAUUACAUCUGUGAAUAUUGUGCCCGUGCUUUCAAGAGUUCACACAAUCUAGCAGUACAUCGAAUGAUCCACACAGGAGAGAAGCCACUACAAUGCGAGAUCUGUGGGUUCACCUGCCGGCAGAAAGCCUCCUUGAACUGGCACAUGAAAAAGCAUGAUGCAGAUACCUUUUAUCAGUUUUCUUGCAAUAUCUGUGGAAAGAAGUUUGAGAAGAAGGACAGUGUUGUAGCACAUAAGGCCAAGAGUCACCCGGAAGUGCUUAUUGCUGAAGCACUGGCAGCCAAUGCAGGGGCCCUCAUCACCAGCACUGACAUUCUGGGUACCAGCCCAGAAUCCAUUGUCCAGCCCAGUGACAACCAGGGGCUUCCCCUUCUUCCCGACCCCCUUGAAAACACCACUCCUGGAGAGUGUCUACUGCUGAACCCUGACGGGAUGCCUAAGACAUACUGUGACGAAGGCAACCAGGUCAACCUGAUGGCUGAUGGCAAGAUUUUUGUUGGCAGCGCUAGUGGCGAGAAUGCAGAAGGGCUGGUCAUGAACCCGGAAAUCCUUGGGGCUACCACUGAAGUGCUAAUUGAGGAUUCUGAUUCUGCAGGACCUUAGUAGGAAAGGAGCACAUGUGUGUUGGGACAACAUGGACUUGUAUUUAAAAGAAUGAAUUGGGGAAAAUUUAUUCAACAUAGAUGGACUUAAAAAUUAAACUACUCAAAUAUUACUAAAGGGCCUGCUCCCCUUCAGCCCCCCUUCCAGAAUGAAUCACUACACAUGCUUUCCCAGUACCCUUGUUAGAGAGGAAAGUUGCCUUUACACAGACUGGCAAAGCAAAAGAAUUAUUGCAAUGCAGUGGAGGGAUGCAGCCAGAGCCUAUCCCUCUCCCUGCCCUCCCAAAGCAAGCAGACCUCCUGCUUCUUGACAUCGUUGCAAGAUUAAAGAUGUUUGUACUCUGGACCAGUAUCUUUCUCAGAACCUCCCUAUGCUCCUCCAGUUGCAUCAACCUGUUCUAUGCAUUACUGAAUUGUGACCCUUGCAGGCUCUUCUGUUUCCCUCUAGGGCUUGGGAAUAUAGCUUGGCACUUUAGAACCCCUCAGCAGGAUGAGCUGUAAAACAGCAUAUACCUUUCCCAUUCCCCCCCCCCCCCCACAAUUCCUUUCCCCCUGCAUCAUUCCUUCUGCUUUGGUAAGGAAAGAGAGGGAAUACUGGCACUCUGGUGCUCACCUUUUCAAAGAGGAGUGCCAUUAUUUUGUACAGUUGCUCUGGCUGCAAAGGUUCUGUAUGGGAGAGGCAGAGAGAAUGGGUGCUAGGCUUGUAAAAAAACUUGCACUUUGAACAUGUCUUGUUUUUAAGUUGUGAUAACAAAUUCUUUAUUUAUUUGCUUUUUUAAAAAAUUGUUUUAGUUGCUGUCCAGGAGGGAUUUUCUUCCAAAUUUGAAAGUCCUUAGUAAAGAGUAUAAAAUGGAAUCAGCUUCUUCAGCUAAUCACACUUAGGAACUGCCCUCACCUAAAGUGAAAAAUUCAUGGAACAGUGUAGACCGUACAGUGAAGCUCCUGUUUGCUUCAUCAUGAGUUGUUUGCUGGAAAAGGAUUUCUUUGUGAAGGGGUGACAUCUGCUUUAAAGAUUUGACCUUUUUUCAUCGUUCAUCCCCAACUUGUCUAAUGUUUCCUUCUGUAUGUUGUAUUGUUAGUUUUGUGUUUUACUCUAACCUUGAUGAGUAAGCAGAAAACUUUUUCUUAAGGAAGUAAUAUUAACUGCUAAACAGCAUGACAGCUGCCCUCUGAUAUAUUCUGCCUUUAAAACAUUCUAGUUCCAUCCUUGAAAACACAUUCGGAAGCAAAACUGGCAUCAGCUAGUGUCCAUUCCAGCUUUCCUCAGUAAUGCAGCUAAUGUUUGCGUGUAGACACAGACCAUCUUGUUUCUGUGAAAUUGAUGGUUUGAGUGUCUCCAGAAGGUGAAAGAUGACUUGCAUUUUGGGCAGAAUGUGGGAAGCUGUGUGACUUUUCAAAGAUUUACUUAUGUCACAACUUGUUUGAGCCCUUGGUUGUUACCUAACAGCUUGUAGUGUCACUAUAUCCCAGGGGUGAGUCUUUUCUUCUCUUGGAACUUACCAUAACUAGGGUUGUUUUGCAGUCUGUCCUGGAGCAGUGCUUAUCAUUAAAGACAGGUACCUUUUAAUCCAGAGCUCUACCUCGUGUACCACAAGCUCAUAUUAACUAUGCAUUUUCCCAGUCAUGUAUUUUGCAAUUUCAUUGUCUAAAAUGAGUCCAAAUACACUUCUUUACUUGGCUAGAAAGUCAGUAUCAAUAGAGGGUAAUAGAACUUAAUCUGUGGCAGCCCUCUAAGGGUUUAAUGUACCCCACACCUUCUAUUUCUGCAGUCUGGUUGAAGGUGUCUUAGCAACUAGCUAAGGGCCGUCUGUGAUACAGGUUGUUUUUUAUAUUAAGGUUGGCACUGGGCAAAUACUUGCAACUGAAAGUUUGUUUUGUGUGCUGCUUGAAGAACAUCUUCCUAUCUCAGCUAUACUGCAUUUCACUUCUAAAAAUGGAUGUUAUAAUACACAUUCAGUUUUACCUCUGUAGGAACUUCAAUCGUUCAGGGAAAAGUCUGAGCUGGCAGUGUACUUGAAGUCCUUUCUUAGCGAGUUACCAUCAGCCUCUGGUCUGUCUUUCCUGGAUGGCUCUGUUUGUUUCUUUUUUCACCCUGUGUUGGGGUAUGUUUGUAUGCAGUUUUGUUUCAAGCAACAUUGUUUUGUGUUUAACUGGGUCGCCCCUUGUACUCUAGGUUGAAUAAUUUCUGGUUUUAGAUUUAUGAACUGAAACCCUUUUGUCUUUACAUGGAGCAUUUCUGCUGCUUCCCUAUAUGUCUCUCCCACCAUACGCAUGCAGUUUGGCUUCAAUCAAUUAUUAUAGUAUUCGCAAUAAACUAUUUUUUUUCUUCUAGGAAGCUCGUUUCCCAUGGGAAGGAAGCAUGGUGCUGGGAGCUUGAAGCUAGAGUCUCCUUCCCACUGUAAUAUGGGAUAGUUUACAGUAACGAAUCUGACAUGAACCCAGCACAGAAUCAGUUGUGUAAUUUUGUCCUCUUUAUAAACUCAUUGAUUCUGUAAGUUUAGAAUCCCUUCCUGAUAACUCUAGGGAUGAUUUGAAUCUCUUCCCCCUUUUUUCAGGAGCUGAUACAAACUUCUUUCCCAGUCAGAUGACCACAGAUUCUUUUUUCAGAAUUUUAUCUGAACAUUGAUAGAAUAGAACAGAAUGGGAAGAGGAGCUCAGGAGUUUAGUAUGCUUAGUGUGUGAGAAAUGGUCCGUCUAGUUCAAAUAGUUUCUGAACAAUGGCACAAAGCCUUGGCAGGGGCAGGGCGGGGGUGAACGGUAACUCUGUGGAGAAGUUUUCCAGGGUGACAGUGGAGACCUGGGUGGAAAACUGCACUAGCAUUGUGAAUCCUACCAGAGAGAAGGCAGGAUUUACUAUACUUAGCAGAGCUACCUGAAGUAGUAGCCACUGGGUGGCAACAGAGCUGUGUUGCAUUGUGGCACACCCCUAUUUUUUAGUGUUAAAGUGAAAGGAUGGUUAAGUUGACAAGUCUUUGAUUGCUUAAAAGCCUUGUUGCAUAUAAAUUUUUCCACAAAGCAAUGGAGAUUUGGGGUGGGAUGCCAGGGGGAGGGGCAGUGAUCCAUGUUGAUAAAAGGUUAUGUAUACAAAAGUCAAUAAAACAAUAAAAAGGGAAAUUGCUUUUUCAUCUCUUGUCUUUAAGCUGAGUAAGCCAUAACAAAAAUAAAUAAUUAAAGGGGGAAAAUAA